AUGAACUGGGCGUCCCUGCAGGGCCUCCUGAGCGGGGUCAACAAGUACUCCACGGCGCUGGGCCGCAUCUGGCUGUCGGUGGUGUUCAUCUUCCGUGUGCUGGUGUACGUGGUGGCCGCGGAGGAGGUGUGGGACGAUGAGCAGAAGGACUUCGUCUGCAACACCAAGCAGCCCGGCUGCCCCAACGUCUGCUACGACGAGUUCUUCCCCGUGUCCCACGUGCGCCUCUGGGCCCUGCAGCUCAUCCUGGUCACCUGCCCCUCGCUGCUCGUGGUCAUGCACGUGGCCUACCGCCAGGAGCGGGAGCGGAAGCACCGCCUGAAGCACGGCCCCAACGCCCCGUCCCUGUACGACAACCCCAGCAAGAAGCGGGGUGGGCUCUGGUGGACAUACUUGCUGAGUCUCAUUUUCAAGGCUGCUGUCGACUCUGUCUUCCUCUACAUCUUCCACCGCCUCUACCAGAACUACGACAUGCCCCGGGUGGUGGCCUGCUCCGAGUUUCCUUGCCCCCACACGGUGGACUGCUACAUCUCCCGACCCACGGAGAAGAAGGUCUUCACCUACUUCAUGGUGGCUACAGCUGUGAUCUGCAUCCUUCUCAACCUCAGUGAGGUCUGCUACCUGGUGGGCAAGAGGUGCCUGGAGACCUUCAGCCCAAAGCGCCAGCAGUCUCCACGCCGGGAUCACCUGCUCGAUACGUGCCCCCCAUAUGUCCUCUCCCAGAAAGAGCACCCCCAAGAUGGGAACUCUGUCCUAAUGAAGGCCGGGUCGGCCACGAAUGAUGCAGGUGGGUUUCCAUAACCUGUGAGGUUGGCGGCUGAGACCACCAAGUCAGUGGUCCAUUCCCUGAAGUCACAGCAGAGCAGUGGCCUCUUUUCUGCAGCAGGGCAGGUGAGGAAGACAGUUGUGGGGCUCAGGAAGCCCCACCACCAC